ACGACACUCCAUGGAACCGGCGACCACCUGACUGAAAUUCGAAACGUCCUUGGAAGCAAGGAGGACAUAGCACAACUUUGGCCAGAUGUCGAUCCCCGUGACAUCAAGACACUCACCCUCGAUGCCGGUCAGGCUUUUGUAGUAGGCGCCUACGCACAUCUACCACAAUCAAGCAAAGGCAAGGAUCCAGUGCUUGGUGCUGUAUCAACCUUUGAGGCCCCGUCCACCAUUGCGUCUCCUACAACACCAAUGGCACCACCGCCAGUGCAGGACUCGACACAAUCACCAUCUUCAGCGGCGCACCACAACAAGACGCCUCAUCAUAAUCUUACCGUAAACCAAAAGGCGGUAAUGCAGCCCACAUUUCGAUACCGGCGAUGGCUCCAGGAAGCGAGUAAGGUGGUUCCUGAGGGCCAACCACAGUCUAUUGAGCAAAUCGAGUCCCAGCUUCCUCCUCUUCGAGGUCCAGAGGCUAGUGUAACCAACUAUGUCGCAAGACUGGAACAAGUUGAGGACCAACUGAUGGAGUUUUACAAUGGGAACAACAAUCGAUCCAAGAAAAAUACGUGGGACAUGGAGCGUGCCAAACACAUCGAAUACCAGGCCAUUGCCAACAGUUUACUCAAGAUCGUUGGUGGGCGCGCUCCCUCGGAUACGUUGUUGUUGGUAUUGAAGAGUACUAUACUUCAAAAAAAUGCCCGAACUAUGAGGAGUUUGUGGCCCAGGUGACCAUACGCUAGCUCUUCUGCCCCCACUGUGGCAAGUAUUAUCACAGAGAUGUUAUGGCGGCGCAAAACAUGUCCAAUAUCGUCCAAGGGCACCUUUUGGAGCAGAAAAGACCUCUCUACUUGCAGCCCAAAACAGCAGAUGGAAGGUAUCCCUGGAUCGAACCGUCGACAUCCGAUCAAGGGGCAGUUGAUGGAAUCAGCAAGUCCACUGGAAGCACGAGUGCUCGCAAGAAACGAUCGUCUCCCGCAACCCCAACAUCAAGGAAACGCCCUACCAAGAUGGCUAAAGAACUUUAAUUAUUGUGUGUCAGGUCACACACACCCAAAUGCCGAUAAUAGCAACGAUUUUUACGAUUUAGGUGACGUAAUUGUAGAUUUCAUAGUGCUAUAGUC